AUGCGGUCUCUUUGGGCAACGCUUCUACUGACCUUGGCUACGGUCAACCUCUCCGAGGCGAUCCUCUUACCUGAGAAUGUGAUUCCUUCGGUUGCCACCACUCGAGGCAAGCGGCAGGCAACUUCUCAAUGUUCCCAGACUGUGAUCCCAAUCACGAUGACCUGCUCGACUCCAAGUCCAGCCAAGCGGCAAAAAGCGACCAUCGCAGGAACUCCUGCGCCAGCUGGCGUCGUGGUCAGAGAUGCUCCAACCCCAACCUGCUCCCAAGUCUACAUUACAUCUGAGAAGUGCUCGGACGCCUCUGGACCAGACUACGCCGGUACGACGAUGACAGUGCCUCCAAGCAACACCAUUCCCGGCCUCCCCGGCGGAACAACCGGCACCGUGGAGACAGCAGCACUCAUCGCCGGCGUCUGCCCAGCCAAUACCAAAUCCCCCUGGGAAGUACAAAUGACCCCAGAACUGCGCGACCGCAUCCUGGACAUCGCCAACGAAGUCUGCAGCAAGAACGGCAACCCCGUGCACGCUCGACCCCGACAGGGCUCCGAGUAUCUCAACCACCCGCAAUGCAACUUCCACGCCAUGGGCAGCCAGCCCCAGCAGGACUUCAUCGCCUCCGUCAAGUCGGAUAUCCAGCCCAAGGUCUACUACCCCUUCAGCUCCCCCGCCGACCUCGACUGCCUCCCCGAAGGCUGGGCCGACUAUCCACACCACGAACAGCUCGUCGCGGACGUCGUGGCAGCGUUUAUCGGGUACGCUUUCGAUCUGGGCUGGAAUCUUUGGGAGACGUUCAAUGUGCCGGCGGAGUUUGGGGCUUCGGCUAUGUCUGCGCCAGAGAGCAGCACGCAGUCCGGCUCGUCCUCGAGUGGUUCUACGCUGCAUGAUACCGCGGGCGAUCCGCCUACUAAGUCGACGAGUUCGAGCUCCUCGACGACGCAGAAGCCGGAUCCGGGGCCUAAGCAGUCGAAGACGACGAAGAGUACUAGCUCGACGUCGAGCGCGGAUGCUUGUCCGACGGGAAUUGAGAUUGAUCCGGAUGAGGAUCAGGGGCAGGAUGGACCGACACCGACGGACCAAAUCCCAAUCGUCCCCAUCGCCACGGUCACAGGCAAGCUUGACCUCCCAUGCCAAGCCCAUCUGGAUCCGCACAACGAUGACUGCAACGUCUGCACCUGCUCCGGCAAAGACACCAGCCUGACCGUUCCCAUGUACCACCAAACCUACAUGACCCCCGUUAAAGGCAGCAUGAUCACGACGUCCGAUGCCUGCUUCUACACAAGCUGGCCCGACACAAAAUCCAUCAGCACAACCACCUGCUUGGAUGGUAACCAAAUCGCCCAGAGCAAGAGUAUCCAAUCCGCCAUGGCGGAGAUUAGCAAGCACAUCUACCCGUCCGACUACACGCCCGGAGCGCCCAUCCCAACCUGUUCGCCAGACCCAAACCACAAGAUGCCCAUAUGCGACCUCAAGAACGGCGGAAAAGACAACCUCCCCCCGAAAUACUGCCUCUGUCCCGGCCCAACCCCCUCCAUCUCCACCCCUUACUCCACCACCUACACGAGCCUCGUAAGCUGCGACACCCAACUCGGCACCGUCACCCACCUCGACGUCUGCCCCUGGACAACCACACCCCCCGACUCGAUGAAAAUCGACACCACCCAACACGGCUCCCCCUACCCCGCGGGCACCCUCCCCAUCGUCCAAACCACCACCCCCUCCUGCGUCCCGCGCACCGCGGGCGCCGACCAGCCCGCCUUCCUCGGGUCCUAUAUCAUGGACACGGCGCGCCGCUUCUGCCGCGAAGCCGUCGACGAGAAAUGGACCGUCGGACCCGGUGGCGCAAAAUACAAAUUCCAAACGUACGACGACGCGGACCGCGCGAGGAAUUCGCUCGGCGAUCCGCGGCCGCAGAGGUUGACGCUGUUCGUGCAGUGGGAUGAGCGGGCUUGUCCGGCGGAUUUUGAUGAUGAUCAUUAUGAGUUUCGGGAUUUUGAUGGGUGUGUGAAGGAGAUGUCGGAUGCGGCGUUGAAGUGCGAUCGGAGACAGAUGCUGUUGAAGCCGGGGGAUUUGGGAAGUGUGGUGAUGUAUUGGUUUGGAGGUGGGUAUUAUGGGAGUUGUUUGUGGUGGGAGGUUUUGGCGAGUGAUAAGUUUCGGCCGUAG